ACCCCACAUAUCCUAAAACCUAUUCUAUUGCGAAACACCCUAUCAUAGUUCCAUUUUGUUUACAAAUUUUUUAUAUAUAAAAAUAGUAAUUAUCGACAAGGCUACAUAUUCUUUUUCGAUCAAAAAAUUAAAAAAAAAAAAAGAAUUUCCAAUUUGAGUCUCUCCAAGGAAACACGAGUUCACGCCCCUGCAAAUCCUAGUUAUAUCUAGGGUUGAUAAUUGCAAGCUCGGGGCUUUGGUUUUCGGUACAGUUGGAACGGUGCGGCCUUUGGUUGUCACUUUCGUUGUUUAUAUAUGGCGGCUGUCAAUCCACAGCCACUGCAGGCGCGUCCGUUUGAGGAGUACGCGGGAGGGACGAUACAGAUCGAGGACGACGAUGGAGACUACGAAGAUGACGCCAUGGAUGACGUGGAGGACCGAAAUGUCAAAUUCUUGAAUGUGGCGGAGCAUGGAAUAGGAGUAUUAGGCGGCGCAGCUGGUGGAGGCGUUUUCAUGGCGUCGAGAACUAGCGAACUUAGUCUCUCUUUUGAAGGAGAAGUUUACGUGUUCCCUGCGGUUACACCUGAAAAGGUGCAAGCUGUGCUGCUACUUCUUGGGGGUCGUGAUAUCCCUACUGGUGUUCCAACAGUUGAAGUAACUUUUGAUCAAAAGAAUAGGGGUGUAGGUGAUGUUCCAAAGCGCUCAAAUCUUUCAAGACGAAUAGAAUCCUUGGUUAGGUUCCGUGAGAAAAGGAAAGAGAGAUGCUUUGACAAGAAAAUUAGGUAUACUGUACGGAAAGAAGUUGCUCAGAGGAUGAAUCGUAAAAAUGGGCAGUUUGCUUCUUUAAAGGAAAGUACUAGUACUUCAAACUGGGAUUCUUCACAAACUGGCCUUCAAGAUAGUACUCGUUGUGCAGAAACUGUUGUUCGGAGAUGUCAACAUUGUGGUGUUAGUGAAAAAUAUACUCCAGCAAUGCGUCGUGGCCCAGCUGGUCCAAGGACUUUAUGUAAUGCUUGUGGGCUUAUGUGGGCAAAUAAGGGAACGCUGAGAGAUCUCAGUAAAGGAGGAAGGAAUAUUUUCUUGGACCAAACUGAACCUGAAACACCAAAUGAUGUCAAGCCUUCAAUUAUGGAAGGGGACUUCUCUGGUAACGGGGAUGAACAUUUUAUGCAGGGAAAUCCUUUGCAGGAUGUGGCAGAUGGAUCCAAUAAUGCUUCUGUCAACCCAGAUGUAGAAGAUUUGCAUGGAAGUUCAGAAGAUCUUACAAACUCUUUGCCUAUGGGAAUUGUCCAUCCCUCUGCAGAUGAUGAUGAGCAGGAACCUCUGGUUGAGCUUGCUAAUCCUUCAGAUACGGAAAUCGACAUUCCUUCUAGUUUUGAUUAGAAGGUUACAAUUGGCUUUGCUCCAAUAAUAUAAGGAGAUGUGGGUAUUAGACACACUUUACGCAGUUAGUUUCUCUCAUUUCUCCGUGCUUUGUAUAGGUCAAAGUUUAUGAUGUUUAUAUGGAGGCAAACAAAACGGAUUGUGAAUUGCCAUAAUUAGGAAACCGGCUUGACAUUGAAUCUUAAGUACAGUAAUCAGCUAGUGGCUAGGAAAGACAUGCUGCUGCUUUCAGGCUGACAUUAGAUACUCUGAAGGUUCUUCUUGUUGAUAUAAGUAGUGGAGUGAAUCUGUGUACAAUUUGUUAGGAAAAACUGCCUGAAUGCUUUUAACCGUUUAUAUUAUAUGAUUUAUUUUUUUAUGACUUAAAAGAUUAUUUAAUGCGAUGCUUAGUUUUGCUUGGCUACCAACAGUUACAUGAUCUGUUGAUAAAAUAUUAAAUUUUUAAUUUAAGUGAUCACAGUUAAAAUGCUGACUAUUUCAAAUUAAAAAAAAAAAUUCUGCUCGGCUGAGGCUUUGUACUUUGUGAUAUCUUGACCUUAAGUAGGGAAUUUGCGUAAGCAAGAAAAUGAAAAGGGUGGUCACAAUGUUGUCACAAGCGUUUGUGUCAACCUUUUUCACAAAAAAAGGUCAUAGUUUUGGGAAUAGGAGGAGGCGGUCACAAUGCUGUCGCAAGCGUUUAUGUUAUUCUUUUUUACAAAAGAGGUAAUAAUUUGAGAAUAUGAGAAGUUGAUAUUUGAAUGGAUUUUAGAUUUGUUGAAUAUUUACUUUUUAAGAAUAAUUAUAUGAAUUAAUUGAAUUAAUUUUUAUAGUCAAGUUAUGCCAUCUUUAGAUAGUUUGAAUUGUGAUUUUUGGCAUUGAAUUGUGAUUUUUGGCACCCAAAUGAUGGGAAUGGAGAUUUUUGCUAAUCAGAAUAUCAAGUCUACCUGAAUUACAAGCAGUUUCUAGCUUGGUAGGAAAAUAUGUUAAUAAAGGCCAUUGUCUAGUUAAGAAAAUGAGUUUUUCUUUUUCUCCCUUUUCUGGAAAAGAGUUCUCAAUAAAAGAGUCAUGUGGACAUCAUGAAAAUGGGAACUCC